UGUCAGAAUGAAGACGAGAAAAUGCGGGGUCUAUAUAUCAUGAAGCUGGUGAGAUCAUUCUGUACGUCGUCUAGCGGAAAAGAAGGUGAUCCCUUUGAACAUGUGGCUUCUAUACUCGUAAAUAUUUCGCAGAAAGAAGACGGAAGAAAGCUUCUACUCGACCCCAAACGAGGACUUAUGAAGCAAAUAAUUCGGCAAUUUGAUUCACCUAGCCCCUUGCGGAAGAAGGGGGUAUCGGGAACUAUUCGGAACUGCUGUUUUGAAGCCAAAAAUCAGCUGCAGAAUCUGCUUCUGAUAUCGGAGUUUCUUUGGCCUGCACUACUACUUCCAGUUGCUGGAAACAAGGUUUAUAGUGAAGAAGACACCUCUAAAAUGCCCCUCGAGCUAGGAAGCGCACUCUCGAUCGAGCGUGAAUUAGAAGCAGAUCCCGAAAUCCGUGCCCAAGUACUCGACGCUAUAUACUUGAUCGUCUUAGAGGAAGCUGGCCGAAGAGCUUUGUGGUCUGUUAAUGGACCUCGGAUACUGCAAGUGGGUUAUGAAUACGAGGAGAAUCCGAAAGUGAUGGAGGCGUUCGAACGAGUUGGCUCGUUGGUAAUAAUUUCACGUUUUUUACUUCUGAAUAGCAUU